GUUAAUUUUAUGCUCGAUAAUAGUUUAUCAAAAAUAUCUCUAUAUAUAUAGUCUCCACCUGACUAAAUUCAGUCAACUAAAUUCAAAUGAUUAAGCGCAGAGACAAUAGCUUGUAAAAGCGCGGAAGUGCUUGUAAACAGGCUAUAUUACACUCAUGAAUGUGAUACCGAAAGUAACUGUGUUAAACUUCUGCUCGAGUUAAACUUCUGCUUGAAAGACGCUCGGCACGUCAAAAUGACAAAUCAAAAAGAUGAUAUUAUGAAACUUUGCUGUGAAAUCUCCGCAAAUAAGAAGAUAAAAGCAGCAUUCAAAAGCUCAGCGAAAGGAGCUGCAGUUGCUGGUGGAGGUGCUUUUGUAGGAGGUCUGAUCGGAGGUCCAGCUGGUAUAGCUCUUGGUGCUGCUUUGGGGGGUGCGCUGGGAGGAUGGAUGACAAGUGGCCAGUUCAAACCACUUCCUGAGAUCAUCAUGGAGCUGGCUCCUACACAGCAGGAGAAACUGUACUCUGAUAUCAUGACCGUAGUGGGUACACUGAAAUGGACUGACCUUGCUAACUUAAUUGCUCAAGUUAAUGGGAAUGCCUCUCUACAUGAGCAGGUUCUGGCUGCUAUACUCAGUUAUACUAAAACCCAGCUCAAAGCUGAAGUGCGGUAUGAAGAUUGACCAUAGGGUGAAUUUCACUUUAUUUAGUUACCCUUUUAAGUUAAUUAUUAAUAAACUAAUGACUGUUGGCAUUUUGUUAGCAAUAGUAUGCUUAAGUUGGCUAGUUCAAAAUAUCUUCUGAUGUCAGAGACUAUAAGAUGGGAUAAUGUGAGAGACCAAGAAUGGUUAAAACACUGGGCUAUUUGUAACAGAACUAGUUCCAGUGUUUACAUUCUUUAUGUCACAUGUGAAAUUUUAAUAAAACACUAUAAAGGAUGUCACUAUGGCAAAGUAGAACUUGCAAAAAUAUUAUAGGCCCAGUCCAUGUUUUGGUCAGACAGUUUACAUUUUUGACAAAUGUCAUAUUAUAGGCUACUAACACACAAUACGCAAUCACAUAAAUAAAUACACACAUAACCAUGUAGAUCAUUUAUUAAAGUUGUCACAAUGCAAAAUGUAUAAUUUUGGUGUCAUUGCAUGUUGAAUGGACAUAAAUGUAUAAUAAAAUAUGGUGAUUGUGUA